CGCCGCCGAGGAGCCGCGCGCAGGGCGGGCAGCGAAGCUCGGCGCCGGGCGGAGAAGCCGGGAGCUUCCCCGAUGGUGGUGUCGCCGCCGCCGCCGCCGAGCCGGGGAGGAGCGGCCGGGGGGCAGCUGGGCCGGAGUCUGGGUCCGCUGCUGCUGCUCCUGGCGCUCGGACACACGUGGACCUACCGAGAGGAGCCAGAGGACGGCGACAGGGAAAUCUGCUCCGAAAACAAGAUCGCCACCACCAAGUACCCGUGUCUGAAGUCUUCGGGGGAGCUGACCACGUGCUUCAGGAAAAAAUGCUGCAAAGGGUAUAAAUUUGUUCUUGGACAGUGUAUCCCAGAAGAUUAUGAUGUCUGUGCCCAAGCCCCCUGCGAGCAGCAGUGCACAGACAACUUCGGCCGAGUGCUGUGUACUUGUUACCCAGGAUACCGAUAUGACCGGGAGAGACACCGGAAGCGAGAGAAGCCAUAUUGCCUGGAUAUCGAUGAGUGUGCCACCAGCAACCAGACACUCUGUGCUCACAUCUGCACCAACACCGUGGGCAGCUACCGCUGUGAGUGCCGGGAGGGCUUCAUCCUGGAGGACGACGGGAAGACGUGCACCAGGGGAGACAAAUACCCCAACGACACCGGGCACGAGGAGAAGUCCGAGAAUGCCGUGAAGGCCGGGACGUGCUGUGCCACCUGUAAGGAGUUCCACCAGAUGAAGCAGACGGUGCUGCAGCUGAAGCAGAAGAUUGCCCUGCUCCCCAACAAUGCUGCUGAGCUCGGCAAGUAUGUCACUGGGGAUAAGGUACUGGCCUCAAACACCUACCUUCCAGGACCUCCUGGCCUACCUGGGGGCCAGGGCCCACCUGGCUCACCAGGACCCAAAGGGAGCCCGGGCUUUCCAGGUAGGCCUGGCCCUCCCGGGCAGCCUGGCCCCCGGGGCUCCAUGGGACCCAUGGGACCGUCUCCGGAUCUGUCCCACAUUAAGCAAGGCCGGAGGGGCCCUGUGGGUCCGCCAGGGGCACCAGGAAGAGAUGGCUCAAAGGGAGAGAGAGGAGCACCUGGGCCCAGAGGAUCUCCAGGACCCCCAGGGUCAUUCGACUUCCUGCUGCUUAUGCUGGCUGAUAUCCGCAACGACAUCGCUGAGCUGCAGGAACAGGUGUUCGGGCACCGGACUCACUCUUCGGCAGAGGAGUUCCCUUCGCCUCAGGAAUUCUCCAGCUACCCAGAGACCGUGGACUUUGGCUCUGGAGAUGACUAUCCAAGAGGAACGGAGGCAAGAGACCUGGGGGGCCCCAGAGACUUGUACCCAUAGCACAUAGUUACAUCUUCAGCGGCAAAAGAGCCCCUUGUCCUGCAGUUCAAGCAUCUAAAGAAAAAGCCACUGGAGGCCUACAGGAUACAUUUUGUUGUCUUUCCUCUCAUUCCUUCUUUCCCACUAGGCCUCUUCCAAAUACUGUUUUCCAAGUCUCAGUGAGCCCUGCUGGAGUUAGAUAGCACAUGGCGAAUGAACGCACUUCCUGUGGAGGGACAUUGGAUGGUGUAGAUCAUGCUUCUUCCAUGAUCUGUUGGAUUUCUGUCAAUUACUCUCACGAUAUCGUAAAAUUAGGCGGAAUACCAAAAGGGGGAGAGGGGAUUGGGAUUUGCCAAGUGAGCUCUUAAAAAAUGUGUGGCUACGUCUAAAAACAAGUGUGUUCAAAGUAGACAAGACCAUUUCAUUUAAAAGGGGAUGGAGGAGGAUCUUUCUUGACAAGCUAAUCAAUUUUAAAAUAUUCCAUCUCAUUAUCCAGGUUUGUCACUCAUAUUUUGUUACAGAAAGGAGAAAAUUUAGGAGUGGAGAUUAGGGGAAAUGGAGAAGAAUUAUAGUCAUACAUUUUUACUGUCAUAUAACUUGCCAUAUUUUGAACUCUACAUAGGACAAUUAGAGGGUCAUAUCACCUAUUUAUAAGUGUCCUACGUGGAAAAGAUAGUUCCUCUGGCUGUGUAAAAAAUCUUCUUUUACAACGAGUAGAUGGGAAUAAAAUCCAUUUUGUUCCUUGCUUAGGGCUGGGGGUGUGUGGCUCAAGUGGUAGAGCACUUGCCUAGAACACUGAAAGUCUUGAGUUCAAGCCCCAGUACUACGAGAAAAAGAAAACUUUCUUAGAAACUGUUUGAUUAUAGGCGUACCUUGCUCCAUACAGCACAGAUGAUUUGUUAAAUAAAGUGGUUUGACCUUUAGAAAGAGGUGCAGAAUUCCCUGGCUCAGACCAGUCGUCCAGAGACACAUCAUUGGGUCAUGAUGCAAGUUGACAAUUGCAGAGUGGGGUUCAAGGCUGGAAGGAGGGUGUUAGCCUAGGCUGUGGGCAAAAGGAAAGAGAGGAGGGACCCCAUUGAAGCCUAAUUCGUGGAGGCAGGUAAAUUUGCUCUUCCAGGGCAUUUGAGGCUCUUGUUUAGAGUCAGGCCCACAUAACGGGAAUAAUAGACUGUUGAGAAUUCUCUUGAAUAGGGAAAUGGAAAAAUAUGGAUUUUCUGUGCUCAGCAGAAAUUCUCAAUUUCUUCCUUCUCUUCCCUCCCCCACCUUGGGCCUGGGUUCUAUCCCUUAGCUGGUUUACUCAAAGCUAACAUUCUGCCACUCCCCACUUCCACUUUUUUUUUUUUGGUAGUUAAUUGGUGAUAAGAGUUUCACAUGCUUUCCUGUGUGGACUAGACUCAAACCUCGAUCCUUAUACCUCAGCUAGAUUACAGGUGGGAGCCACUAGCUCCCAGCUCCCAUUUCUUUUUAACCUAUAUUAUUCCCCUACAGUGAAAACUUUUGGAAGGUAACCACAGGUGGUGACUUUGUGUGACACUUUUUAAUCUUCUUGCUGACAAAUAGGAGGAAAGGGCUCUGUCUACAAAGCUCAAGUGCUUCCUUCCUUUCAAUCCUGUCCAAAAUACAGUCUUGGGACUGCUAUUUCUUACUUAUGCCAAAUUCCCUGUGACUGUCCACUAGCAUUUUUAGAGAUGAAGACAAAUGCAGUCCUAGGUUUGCUUUCUGUCAUCCCUUCAUCCCCCUCUGUCUCUACAGAAUUGGGCAUUUAUCAUGAACCACACAUUUGUGAAGGGGUGGAAGCCACAGCUGCAGGGUCCUGCCUGGAAUCUAUUUAAUGUUUGCUGCUUGUAGAAUGCAGUAUUUAAAAGGUGUGGAUGGGUGGAUGGAUGCAUGGAUGCAUGCAUGUUUAAAAGAAAAUUAUGCACAGGUUCUAUGAGAGAUGAUUUGCUCCAUCUUUAAUUUUUUCCUGAAAAUUUUUUAUUAUCUUGACUUUUUGGACAGUGAACUGUGUUUAGAAAUAUAAUCUUUACUGCCAAAGGCUUAUAAAAAUGCAAGAUAACUGUAAGUUUGGUAAGAGCCCAGGAUAAUAUAUUAAAAGAAUGAAUGGAACAUUAUAAUAGCUAUGAUUUGUGAGACUAUUCCAGGUAAGUAUUUCCAGCAAAACUCAUAAUAGCCUGUAUUUUGUAAUAUCAAACUGCUAGGCUGUAUCCAUUUAGAAAGUCAUUACUAUCUUCAGCUUUUCAAAACUUGGGUAACUAUAUGAUCAAAUGUAUACUCUUUAGGCCCAAAUUAUAUUUUUCUAAGAUAAGACCUCCUAAGGUAUCAUUAUCUCUAAUAUGUCUUAGUUGGGGCUUUUAAAAAAAAUCAAAGCUUUGAUGUUUAAACAGGGCUUCUGCACAAAACAUGAAAAAACAUUAGGAGUAAGAAUGAAACUUGCCACAGAUAUACUAAAUCAGUUCAUGUUUCAUGAGGGAAAAUAGACUUUUAUGUACCUCUUGAACUCUUUAGUAGACAUGGUGACUUCAUUUUUUUUUUUUGCAUCUUCCUAACCAGAACUGAGAGUUCUGGUUAGUCAUAAGUUAGUUAUAAGUUCACCUAUGCUACUGCAAAGCAGUGGGAAUAAAAGUCGACUGCAGGUAGUAGAAGGAGGGCAUGCACUUUAGUAUGAGGAAAACCUUUUCCCCUUCCCAGUUCCAAAGGGAGAGAUUCCCAGCUUUCUUGUGCUAAUAGGGGCACAAAGAGGAGUCUGCCUUUUUUUCACCUCCUGUGUUGAUUUUCAACACCUACCACCCAUUGACUAAAGUCAUUUCUGCUGUGUAAACUCAGACAUGGGUGUAGCAUGAGUAGAAAAUAAAUGCUCAUUGGCAUUUGGGAGAAGGGAGGGAAGUGUCAGUCCACCAAAAAUCAGGUACAGAAUACCCUGCUGGGUCAUGUUUCCUUUCCAUUAUUCAGGACCACUGUUGGCCCUCUUGUAGCCACACCCAAGAGUACAGGGGACAGCCCUUUCCAUGACCAGCACCUCAUGUUUUCAGGCUGCAAUUCCUCAUUCUAUUUUGGAUGUGUUUCCCCUCUCCAGUUCCAUCCCUGGGUCCUGCAGAGAGAGGGAGAGAUAGAGAGACAGAGAAAGAGAGAGAGAGACAGAGAGACAGAGAGAGACAGACAGAGAGAGAGAGAGAGAGAGCGCGCACCACUGCAGCCUCAUUCUGAGAACUUAUCUUCCAGGCAGCCUUCCUGAAGGCUGGCCCAAACACUUAAUAGAAUAGAACCAUCUGAAGCUAUUAAUCAUGAAUUCGGGGAACUAGAUGAAAUGUUUCCUGGCACCGUCAGCGUGUAGGUUUCAUAACAAACCAAAAAAAUAAUUUUCCAUUUGGGAAAACAAAACCACAAUGACUAUAGUUGUUAAUGCAUGCAAUCAUGGGCUUUGCAUUGUCCUUCUGCAAAUGUUCCUGCUGUAAAGAAACCAUAGGAAAGAAUCCUUUCACUACAUGUAAAAUUCCCUGCGUUCCCCAGGGAAUUUUCAGGUGGGUUUGCAUCUCCCAGUGACUAUCAUAUGCUUCUGUAACUCUGCUCAUUAUUUAUAUUGGGUCAUACCACAGUUGAGCUAAUAUUCCAACCAGUAAUGGAUGUGAUACUAUGAAGUACUUUUCUAUGAAUGUAUGUGCUUAAUAACAAAGUUAUUUUCUUA